ACUUUAGUUGUUAGUUAGUUAUUUUUGAACGUGCAUCGUUGAGUUCAUAUAAUUUUUUAGUGAUUAAAAUUGUUGGUCAUAAGAUAUCAUGAAAAAAGUAAUACAUAUUACAUUUCUUCUAACGGCGCUUCUACUUCUAUUACCUGCGAGCUACACACUCGCUGAUUCCCAAAAUGACGCACCAAAAACUACAGCAAAUACAACAACAAAUACAACAACAACUCCGAAGCCAAAAACAGAUGUUAUGACAAGCAAAAUAUGCAAAAAGUGCAAUUGCGAUUCAGACAAUAGUCUGAUAGAUUGUACAAAUAAACUGGACGGUUGGUUUUCUGCAGAUGAAUGGGAAAUUCUUCAAAAUGGAAAAAUAACGUUUGAAACUAUUAGAUUAUCACACAACAAUUUUACAAAUAUUCCCAUAUUGCCAACAUAUGGAGUGAAAAAUUUGUUCUUGGAUUAUAAUCAGAUUUCAACGAUUACAAUCGGAGCUUUUCAGAAUUUGACAAAGCUUACGAAACUUGAUUUGUCCAACAAUAAGUUGACUAAAAAGGCUUUAGUACCCGAUGUAUUCAAAGGUCCAUAUUCGGCUCAGGACUUUUUGCCAUUGGAAAAUCUUAAAUCACUGAAUUUAGGAUAUAAUCAAUUGCAUUCCUUGGAUGAUGAUUUAUUUGAGCAUGUUCCACAUCUUGAGGAGCUGAUUUUAUGCUCAAACAUUUUUCAAGUGAUCGAUAAACUUACAGAAACUGCACUCUCAGGAUGUUCGUCAUUAAAGAUUUUGGAUAUAUCUUAUAUGGAACUUAAAACCUUACCUGAUACAAUCCUUCAUGGUCCCCGAGAUCUGGAUACGCUUAUUGCCUCUGGAAAUCUAUUUGACAAAUUACCCAAAGCUUUAAUGUAUGCAAAGAACUUGAAAACUCUGGUUCUAGACGAGAACCCUAUCACAAACUUGGAAGGAGACAAUGUUUUUCCUGCAAUGACAAGCUUAACAUAUCUUAGUCUGUGUUAUAUGCCCGAUAUCUAUAAAAUUGGUCCAGGUGCUCUGAGCGAACUUCAAAAUCUAACUGAAUUAAUUUUAAAUGAAAACACGCACCUUUUCGAAAUAGACCCUCUUGCUUUCUCAAAGAAUGUAACAGGAGGUGACUAUUUGGACUAUCCUGCACUUGAGAAGAUUUAUUUAAAUAAUUGCAACCUUACUGUGUUACCAAGAGACUUAAUUAUUCGCUGGGAUAAAUUGCACGCUUUGGAUCUGCGUUUUAAUCCAUGGUCAUGCGAUAUGUCUAACGAAUAUAUGAUUAACUAUCUAAUUCAACAUGUUAACAAAACAACACCAACCUUAGCAACAGGUGUUACUUGUGUUUAUCCAAAUGAACUCAAAGGUGUUGAAAUUCUGAAAGUUUCUAAUGACAAACUGAUGGAAGCUUCACACUCGGGAACCAGUUGGAUUUGGAUUGUUUUACUAACCGUUCUAUUAUCCAUAUUGCUUGUCUUGAUGGGUAUCGUAUCAUAUCGACGGGGAUACUGCGGAUUGGGGAAGAGAAGGGAGGCAGCUAGACGAGCAUUGUAUAAUCGCACAAGUUUUAAUGAAGACUUUCAUAUAUAAUUUAUAAAUGUAUGUAACCAAAAAUUAUUUUCCUUAAAUAAAUAAAAUAUAAUAAAAU